AAUAAAGUUAAAUUAAAUAAAACAAUUAAAAAUUUUUUUUAAAUAAUAUAAGAGUAUUAAAAAAAAAAAAGAAUAAGAAUGAAGAAAUGAAAUUUUUUAGAAAAAAAAAAAAACAAUAAUAUAAAAUUAAUAUUCGACUACAAUGUUAUAAUGUAACUGUUAUAAUAAAUGUAUGUAUAUAUUUAUAUAUACACAAGUAAUAUUAAAAUACAACAACUGGCUCGUGCCAGGGGGUGUUUUUUCUUUUCGUUUUUAAAUAAAUAAAGAAUAAAGUGAAGAAAAAAAAAAUAAUAAGGAACUUAUAACGUAAAUGACCACAAAAUAAACAUGAUUAAUUUUAACGUCAAAUUUAAUUGAUAAAAAUUUAUGAACAUUUUAAAAAAAUUGAAUUGUUUAAAUGAAAAAAUGAAAGUGAUAUCAAAAACAAAAUUUUAAAAUAUUUAAUAAAAAAAAAAAAUUGAAUUUAAAAUUAUGGAUUCUGCAAUUGAUACAUUAUCAACAACAAGUGAACAUAGUAUUGCAUCCUCAUCUGAAUCAAUAACUGCAAUGCAAACAAGUAGUAAACGUUCAUCAAAUAGUCCAUCAAAUUAUAGUAGUAAUCAUACCGGCGGUAAUAGUAAUAUAAGUAAUAAUUCACAUUCGUCAUUAAAUCUUCAUCAACGUCCAACAAUAUCAUCAUUAGGUACUGGAAUUACAGGAUCAAUACCGCCAACUGCAUCAACGACACCAACAAUUAUGCAGCAUCAUCAUAGUCAAAAUUCAAACAGCGGUACACCAAAUACAAAUAGCGGUGGUGGCGGCAGCGGCAGCGGUAGUCUUAGCAAUCGUAAUGAUCGUGAUCCUGGACGUGAAUCACAUCAUUCAGGUGCAUCAUCACAUCAUCGAAGAAGUUUAUCACCAGGUUCAUCACCACCACCACCAUCUUUACCAUCAUUAAGAAGUGGCGGUACUAUUGCACUUAGUGGUACUGGAGGUUUAGGUGGUGGAUCAAGUGGUCAUCCACCAAGUCCACCAUCAUCGGCAGCUGCAUUAUCACAUCAACAAAUGAUGCAACAAAUGCAACAUCAAUUAAGUCCACCGCAUGUAUCAACACCGAAUAGUUUAGGUGCACAAAUGGGGCCACGUGGUAUGCCACAUUUACCACCGCAUAGUUUAGGAUUAUUAAAUUCAUUACAAAUGAUGCAUCAUGCAUCUCCUUUAGAAUUAAUGGCAGCUGCACAUCAUCAUGUACCACCACGUUCAUAUAAUUCGCCGCCACCAAUAUCAACAUCAGAUCCAACGGCAAAUGAAUGUAAAUUAGUUGAAUAUCGUGGACAAAAAGUUGCCGCAUUUAUAAUAUCUGGUGAUACAAUGUUAUGUUUACCGCAAGCGUUUGAAUUAUUUUUAAAACAUUUAGUUGGUGGUUUACAUACAGUUUAUACAAAAUUAAAACGUUUAGAUAUUGUACCGUUAGUUUGUAAUGUUGAACAAGUAAGAAUACUAAGAGGUUUAGGUGCCAUCCAGCCAGGUGUUAAUCGUUGUAAAUUGUUAUCCUGUAAGGAUUUUGAUAUAUUAUAUAGAGAUUGUACAACAGCCAGAUGCUUAUCAAUCAAGCCACCUGAGAGGCCUGGUAGACCACCGAAACGUGGACCUGUUGGGCUAUCAUUACCACCAACACAUUUAUCUGGUCAUCCACAAUUGAAAAAACAUCGAUUAGAUAAUGGUGAUUACGCCUAUGAAAAUGGACAUAUUAGUGAUAUUGCAAGAAUGGAUAAAUCACCACUAUUAGCAAAUGGCUACAAUCCACCACCAAUAAAUCAUAUGGCAUUUAUGCAAAUGAAUCAUCAUCCUGGUUCAGCAUUAAUGAAUCCAGCGUUACCACCACAUGGAUUACAUAGACCAGAUGGUUCAAUGAUGAAAGCAGCAGCACAAGCAGCUGGUGCAGCUGGUAUGUCAGCAGCUGGAAUGGAUGCUAUUGCACGUUCCGGUAUUUGGGAAAAUUGUAGAGCUGCUUAUGAAGAUAUUGUUAAACAUUUGGAAAGAAACUAUAGACUGAGAGAAGAAAGAACAGAUGAUGGAAGACCACCAUCAGUCAAUGAUCAAAAACCAAGAGAUCUUAGUUCGAGAAAUGGUUCACCAAAUCGACAAAGUCCUGUACUUAAUUUAUCUAAAAAUGGAGCCGAUCCAGAUGACAAUAUUAGUAAUUGUGGUGAUGAUCGUAGUGAUAGAAGUGAUGGACAACAUUCACCUUUACCAGCACCAUCUGUUAGAGAAGAUGAAGCUGAUAAUAUUACAGAUGAUAAUGUUAGUGAAGAUGAUGGUAGAAUUGAUAAAGAUGAUGAUUUAAGUGAUACAGAAGAAAGAGAAUUAAAUCAACCGCCUGCAACAAUACCGCCAUUACCCCCAGUAAACACAUCAUCAGCUGAACAAGCUGCAUUAGCAGCUGCAGCUCAUCAUCGUGCAAUUAAUUAUUCAAGUUUAGCAGCAGCAAGUGCUGUUGCUGCUGCUGCAAAUAAUCCCAAUAAUAGUAUACCAUUACCAAAUGAUAUUGAUCAUCCAGAUCAACAAGGUGCUUCAUCAACAGAAACAUUGCUGAGAAAUAUUCAAAGUUUAUUAAAAGUAGCUGCUGAUAAUGCAAGACAACAAGAAAGGCAAAUAACUUAUGAAAAAGCUGAACUGAAAAUGGAUGUUCUACGUGAAAGAGAAGUUAAAGAUUCUCUUGAGAGACAAUUGGUUGAAGAGCGGAAAUUAAGAGUUUUAUAUCAAAAACGUUAUCGAAGAGAAAGAAAACUUCGAAUUCGAUUGCAACAAAGAAUUGAAGGGAAACGAAAAGGAAGUAAUAAUGAUGGAUCAUCUGAACAAAAUAAAAAUAGUCAAGAUGCGGAAGGUGAUAAAACUAAUAAUUGUGGAGAAAAAUCAGAUAAAAUUAGUCAUUCAUCAUCAUCAUCAUCGUCCAAUAAUCAUGAUAAUAAAAAUCAACAUAGAAGAUCAUCUGAAAGUCCUUCCAAUCUUAGUCUUAAUCAUCAAAGAGAUAAUUUAUCUGAUAGAAAUUCAAAUGAUCGCGAAAAUCGAGAUAGAAGAGAUCGUGAUGAUAGAAAUAGUUCAUGUAAUACAACUACCGGUACAACAACAACUAAUACUACUAGUAAUAUAGAUCGUGAUGGAAUUAAUAAUAAUAACAAUAAUAAUAAUAAUAAUAGUAAUCAUCGACCAUCAUCAGUUGGUGGUCCACACGAUAUCAAUGCAAUUGGUAGUGGAAAUGGUGCUAGUGGUAGUACUGCUGGUAAUCCAAAUAUUAGUGGAAAUGGUAGCAUUAAUUCUGCUAAUAAUAAUGGAAAAUCAUGGAAUUAUCCUGGUAUUGAUCUCAUGACAACAGGUGCAUUUUGGCAAAAUUAUUCAGAAUCAUUAGCUCAAGAAAUUGAAAUGGAACGUAAAGCUAGACAGCAAAAUUCUGAACGUGAUGUUAAAAGUCCUUUACAGGACCGACAACCUGGAUAUUAUAAAAAUCCAGUUUUAUUUGGUAGUGCAACUUAAUUAUAGUUAAAAUAUUAUAAAUACAUAGAUAUAUAUGCAUAGGUAUACAAAAAUCUAUUCUAAUAAGAAUAAAUAUACAUAUAAUAUAAUAUAAAAGAAUAAUAUUGUGUAUAAAAGAAAAUAAUAUUAUAGUGUUAUACACAAAUAUAAAUAAUUAAUAAAUCUUGUAUUAUAACCAAUAUAGAGUAAACAAAUUAAUACUUGUAUACAUAAUAUUUAUAUUUACACACAUACAUAAAACUUAAAUUAUUUAGAAAAUGAAAUGGCUAUUCUGCGAUGAUCUCAAGUGCAAUCCGAUUAAAUAGGAAUAAAGUAGUUUUUAAAUAAUAAUUAUAAUAAUUUAAAAAAAAUCAAAAACACAAAAAAAAAAUGCAAUUUUAAUGUAAAAAAGAAAAUCGGUUUUUAAAUAAAUAAAAUUAAGAAAUUAUGAAAUAAAACAAAAGCAGCGUAUAAAUUAUCCGAAAUAAAAAAAAAAAAAGCAAAAUGAAAGUAAUAACCUGGCUUUUAAGGAACCUUAAAUGUAAGUACAUACUUAAAAAUUAAAAUUUAAAAAUGUAUAACAGUUAUCAAAAAUGAAGCGAUUAUGUUUUAUAGAAAUUUGUAUACUCGUAUUCUAAUUUCGGCAAGAUGAUUGUGAAUUGAUUAAAAUAAAUUGAAACAAUUGUGUGGUCUAAAACUCAUAUAUACUUCUGUCUAUAACUAUGGUAACUCAAUGAGGUACAUUGAUUAAAUUUCGAUUAAACAUAGAUCAAACGAUUGAGAAAUAACAUAAAAAUUGAACGUGUUUUCAAAAAAUGUUUUAUAACAGCAUAAUUAAGUUCGAAAUUAUUUCGAAACGAAAUUGAAGCUGAGAAAACAAUCAGUUGUUACACACAUCGAUCAAAUUUUGGCAGAAUAAUCAAACGGUGAAUAAAGUAUUUUUAUUGCUUGUAGCAACAAUUUUACUUCUGCAGAUUAUUCAAUUCUUUUCCCGUUUCUUAGAUAU